AUGUCUUCAGCAACCACCACUGCCACCUUACCCAGUGGCAUCAAGGUCCUGGCUUCUUUUCCUGAUGUUCUCAUCAUCCCUGAAUUUGUUUUUGGUGGCCUGGUCUGGAUCCUGGUGGCUUCUACUAAAGUAACUUCGGACAUAAGUACAGGCUGGGUGAUGUUCGUCUCAGUGUUUUGCUUUGUAAUCUCAACACUGCUUUUGUUCUUAUAUAUGUGUGGAGCUCACGGAGGGAAGUCUGCUUGGGUUGCUUUGGAUGCUUUCUACCAAGUAAUUGCUUCUCUCUUCUACUUGAGUGCGGCAGUUGUGCUAGGCUUCACUACCUACUUGAUUAAAAGGCUUUUUAUUGAGUCUCCGGUUCCAUUACUGUACAAAUACUACCAAAUAGAUAUUGCUGCAGUGGUUUUUGCCUACGUCGCUACAUUAACAUACGUGAUCCAUAUGGUGUUCUCACUGCUGAGAUGGAAAUCCUCUUAA